AUGACACCAUCUCUGGAACAUGUUUUUACUAUGCGGCUAUACACGUCGCCCGAAAAGGCCCUUGUGAUUCCAGAAACCAAAGGCAACAACCAUCGCAUCAUAGCCUUCCUGACGCAUGGCAACAUUAAAGGCAGUGGCUUUGAUGCAGAGCUUCAACCUGGAGGUGCUGACUGGAUAUUGAGAGACCCAGAAACAAAUACGGGACAUCUUGAUGUUCGAGUACAGUUCCGCACUGAAGAAGGGCAAGGUCUUUACAUACACUUCCAGGGUGUCCUGCAAAUCGACGACAAGUGGAUGGAAGUCUUUACUCGAGGGCCAAAGGCUAGGACACUUGAUUUCGGCGAAAACUACUGGCUAAGCGCACCUAUCUUGGAAACUAGUCAUCCUGAUUUCAAAUGGGUGGAGAGAUCUGAGUUCGUGGGUGAACUUCGAUGGCUGGUAAACGAGGAUGGGUCUAUCGCGGUGGAGAAUGCUAUAUACAAGGUUAAUCCAAGUGGUGGGUAA